AACCAAAGUUGUGCAAAUGUGUACGCGUCAACCACACCAUGCUGAGCCUCAGACCUCAACGUUUGUUUCCAAACCCGGUUUCUCACCGUCUCCUUUCUCUCUCAGCUCACAGACACAAGCCCACCAAUUGGAACACCACCACCCACAAAUUUGUUCAAGCAAACCCACUUCUCUCCCUAUUAGAAACCUGCAAAUCCAUGCCCCAGUUGAAGCAAAUCCAAACCCAAAUGAUCAUUACCGGCUUCAUCUCAGACGGGUUCGCUUCUAGUCGCCUCAUUGCCUUCUGUGCGCUUUCGGAGUGCCGAAAUCUUCACUAUGCCACCAAGAUCCUGCACAAUGUGCACGACCAAAAUGCCUUCUCUUGGAAUGUGGUCAUCCGAGGGUUUUCGGAGACCGAAAAUCCGAGAGGAGCAGUUGUAAUGUAUAGGGAAAUGUUGAGAAAUGGUGGGUCGAGACCGGAUAAUUAUACUUACCCAUUACUGCUAGGAAUCUGCUCUAAUUUGUCAUUCAAUUUGAUGGGGCGUGUGGUUCUUGGCCAUGUGUUCCAAGUGGGAUUGGAUUCUGAUAGAUUUGUUCGCAAUGCGGCGAUUCAUAUGUUUGUUUCAUGCAGAGAAUUAGGGGAUGCACGUAAGGUGUUCGACGAAAGUUCUGUGAGAGACUUGGUGUCUUGGAAUUCUCUGAUUCAUGGUUAUGUGCGAAGUGGGUUGGCACGUGAGGCAUUGCGGGUUUAUGAGGAAAUGGAGGUGGAGAGAGUUGAGCCGGAUCAAGUGACAAUGAUUGGGGUGGUUUCUUCGUGUGCCCAACUUGAGGACUUGAGUCUCGGGAGGAAAUUUCAUGGGUUGAUACGAGAGAUUGGGCUAGGCUUGACUCCUCCUCUUGCCAAUGCACUUAUGGACAUGUACGCCAAGUGUGGGAAUCUUGAGGCAGCUCGAGCAGUAUUUGACAACAUGAAACAGAAAACCAUCGUCUCAUGGACUACAAUGAUAGUGGGAUAUGCCAAACAUGGGUUUUUGGAGAUUGCUCACCGCCUUUUGUACGAGGUGCCAGAGAGUAAUGUUGUGCCGUGGAAUGCAAUGAUCGGUGCCUACGUGCAAGCUAGACGUAGCAAGGAGGCUUUGGCGCUGUUUCAUGAAAUGCAAUCUAGGAACAUAAGUCCUGAUGAAAUAACCAUGGUUUGCUGCUUAUCUGCAUGCUCACAACUUGGAGCAGUUGAUGUUGGAAUAUGGAUUCACCAUUAUAUUGAAAAACAUGAUCUUUCUCUCAAUGUUGCUUUGGGGACUGCCCUUGUUGACAUGUAUGCUAAGUGUGGGAACAUCACAAAAGCUCUCAAUAUUUUCUCGGACAUGCCAGGAAAGAAUUGUUUCACUUGGACAUCUAUCAUUUGUGGUUUAGCCCUUAAUGGACAUGCACAUGAUGCUAUAUCUUACUUUGAAGAGAUGAUAGAUACGGGACUGAAGCCCGAUGAGAUCACGUUUCUUGGAGUAUUAUCAGCAUGUUGCCAUGGAGGUUUGGUUGAAGAAGGCCGAAAGUAUUUUUCCUUAAUGAACACUAAAUUCAAUAUCUGCCCGAAACUUAAACAUUACUCUUGCAUGGUGGACCUUCUAGGUAGGGCUGGUCUUUUGCAAGAAGCAGCGGAUCUUAUUAAUAGCAUGCCAAUCGAGGCAGAUGCCGUGGUGUGGGGUGCAUUAUUCUUUGCUUGUUAUAUUCACAAAAGUGUUUUGAUGGGAGAAAGAGCAGCUACCAAGCUUCUUGAGUUGGAAUCCCAUGAUAGUGGAAUUUAUGUUUUGCUUGCAAAAAUGUAUAGGGAAUCGAAUAUGUGGGAGAAGGCAGAGCAGGCAAAGAAGAUGAUGAAGGAGAGAGGACUGGAGAAGACUCCUGGUUGUAGCUCAAUUGAGGUGAGUGGCAGCGUGUGCGAGUUCAUUGUCAGAGACAAAUCACAUCCUCAUUCGAAACAGAUAUAUGAUUGCUUAUUUCAGUUAACAAAACAAAUGGAUCCGAUGGGUGGUAUGUCUGAAGUUCCUGCACUUUGGGAUGACUCUCUCCUUGGUGAUGAAUUUAGGUGAGAUUUUACUAGCACGUGAAGGAGAAGAGUGCAGAUGAGACAACUUAUGUCUCCAAGUUUUACAAAAUGCAGCAAAGAAUGCAUAUUAAGAGUGUACUUUGGCUUUUGCAUCUAAACAACAUAUAGACACCCAAUUAAGGGAGUACACAUAUGCAGGAAAAUGAUCUUCCUGAAAGACAAGAGUCAUUGCAUUCUCCAUUUGCUGAGUACGCAUAUCAGGAAAAUAUGCUCCUUAUGUACUUCAAAACUGACAUCGCUGCCUCUAAAAUAUCGUGUUUAUCAAGGCCCAAUUAGUCCUGAUGAGUUUGAUGCCUCAGAAACGAAUAGAAAAGUUGUACAACCAGGUUCUUCCAUUCCAAUAUAUAUCAAUGAUACUCUUGAGGAGCAACUUAUUCAUGCUAAGCCAGCGAACUUCUCUAAUAGACUUUUUGACCAGAAGGCAAAUGGGGUUUGUAAUCAGUAUAUUACUAUUCAACUUGAUGGAACAUCAGUGCCUUCUGAUCCGAUUUCAAUGGAUCUUGUAGGACUUGCCUACUCUGAGGGUUAUCUUUCUAUGUCAUACAACGACCAUAUGGAAAACCAUAGAACAAAGGCCAAUGCUGGUUUUGUUGUUCCUGUUGUGUUUGAUGUUUCAGUGCUGCAGUACAGCAAGUUAAUCCGAUUAUACUCAAAGGUUAUACUUUCAAAUGCGACUUCAGUGCCAUUGGAGCUGCGAUUUGAUAUUCCAUUUGGUGUGUCCCCAAAGAUCUGGGACCCCAUAUAUCCAGGUCAAGAGUUACCGAUGCCUCUAACUUGGCAGAAGCCGGUAGGAUUAGAUGGUGUCCAAUUGGAGAUUCUCAUCUCUGGAGUGAAGUUUAUAACCUCGGAAGCUUAUAACCUCUCAAACCUGCUUUCUCAAGAGAGUAAAAUUAAAUUUCUCAAGUCUUUUGGUUGCUAUUCAGCCCAUCCCAAUAGUGAUCCAUUUCACUGUUGUAUUUCAGUUAGAAACAUCAGUUUACCUUCAUCUGUUAGGUCAAGGGAGAUCUUUUCUUCACAUCUUAAGAGUUCUUUAAAGCAAGCAGUUGCAAGUAGUGGUUAAAUAUUGCACAACAACGAGUCAAAAAACUAGUUUGUUUACCAGGUGGUCCUCAGUAUCCCUUUAGUAGUGAAUAACUACCUUCCUGACGCAUUGGCAUUGACGAUGAUGGAAAGCGGUGCGAUUACUCAGACCGCAUUUCUUUCAGAGGUGGAAACUUAUUUUCAUAAUGUUGAUCCUUCUCAUCAGCUGAGAUUGGAGAUCCAUAUGCGUGGCAGUUGUGGAUUUCCCGCAUACUGAAAUAUUCUGUAAAGUGGCCAAGUUUGGUGGAGCGAAGUUCUCACAUUCUGAAGUUGUGGCCUUCGACUCCACAAAUGGACCAAUGUAUGUCACAGUGGAAAAGGUGAUGGAUGCAUUUUCUGGACACAGGGAACCCUUUAUCUCCAUUCCCUUUCUGUUAUAUAAUUGCACUGGUUUUCCACUCUUCAUUUCUGAAUCUGCCAGUGAAAUGAAACCGACUGCAGGUUUUAAUUUGUUGCCAAGAGAUGGCUGAUGGGCACCAGAACUCUAUAUACAAAAGUUUUGUGGUGAGCUAUAUUUUGGUUCCACCCUUUCUCAUCAUGUCCACAGCCACAGCCACAUAUCAAUCAGAGGCGUUUUGCAUAUGGUAAUUAUUUUAAUGCAACUGCCUCACCUUUGCUUCUCCAAGCCCCAGAAGAGAAAAGGGUUUGCCGGCUUCUGCUGCUGCUCCAAUCAAGUGUGUGGAGUGAUUCAAAACAGGAUGAGAUGCUCAAGGCUGGUAUGCUCUCUGUACCCUACAAGGGAACUGGAGAGUGUUUUAAUCAAGUGAACAGUCAAAGAUGAGGGAAUGAUGUCAUUGUACAGAGUUACCACUGCUAAUGUCAUCCGUUACUUCCUCUUAUUAGCACGUCUUUGGUUCCA